AUGAUCCCACCUGGUGCUGUUGUUAGGAGACAGUUUUAUACGAACGAUGUUGAUUCUUAUGAAGAAGAUUACUAUAGCGGCGAUGCGGAAUACAACGAUGAUGAUGAUGAUGUUGGGUAUGAGUUUUUGGAUAACACUUCUGAUGAUUCCGAUGAUGUAUCAGUUAGUCGGCAACAGAAGAAUUACACUAUCUUGAAGGAAGAUGACAUACACCAAUGCCAGGAGGAUGAUAUCACUAGAAUCUCUUCAGUUCUAUCAAUCUCAAGAGAUUCUGCAUGCAUGCUUUUGCACUGUUUUAACUGGAAUGUUCGCAAUGUUCAUGAAGCAUGGUUUGCCAAUGAAGAUGCAGUUCGUAAAGCUGUUGGCAUGUUGGGUAAUACCAAUAUCAAUCCACCAAAAGCUGGAGUGCUUCCUUGUAGGAUCUGCUUUGAAUCAUAUACAGUUGAUAGUGUUAGCACUGCUGCUUGUGGUCAUCCUUUCUGUAACACAUGUUGGGCAGCUUACAUUAGCACAUCUAUCAAUAAUGGUCCUGCAUAUUUGACUUUGAGAUGCCCAAUUCUGUCUUGUGGUGCUGUUGUUGGUGUGGACAUGGUCAAUAUGAAUUGGAUUCUAGCAAAUUCUAAGCCUUGUCCAAAAUGCAAGCGUCCAAUUGAGAAUAAUCAAGGUUGUAUGCACAUGACUUGCAACCCUCCAUGCAAAUACGAGUUUUUCCGGGUUUGCCUUGGUCAAUGGUCACAUCAUGGCGAGAGAACUGGUGACUUUUAUGCUUGUAACCGUUAUGAAUCUGCAAAGCAAGAAGGAGCUUAUGAUGAAUUUGAACGCAUAAGAGAAAUGGCAAAGAAUUCUUUAGAGAAGGUUCUGGAACCUCUUACUUAA